AUGGGUGCAACCGACGUGCCACAGGCCCAAGCGGUCACAGUGAGUCUCCAGGAGCUUGUCAACGGCACGAUCUCUUUCGAAACCCUGACGGAAGCCUUUGGCCCAUCCUCGCUGGGAAUCAUCGUCGUCAAAGACCUGGACCCGGCAUUUGCUCGCCUCCGCGCCCAAGUCCUCUCCAACGCUUCCUACCUCGCUGCGCUUCCAAACGAUGAACUAGAAUCCCUCACCAGCCCCGCAGCCAAAUACCUCGUCGGCUGGUCCUGCGGCAAAGAAACCCUCCGGUCCGGCCACUUCGACACCCUCAAGGGCUCCUACUACGUGAACUGCGCCUUCUACCAGAACCCCGACCUCCAAGGUGCUCCCGCAGACAACUUCCCCGAUCUCUCCGAAUACACAGCCCCCAACAUCUGGCCGCCAGCAGACCGUCUCCCGACCUUCCGCCGCAGCCUCGAGGAGCUCUGCACGCUCAUAAUCGACACGGCCGCGCUCGUCGCGCGCGCCUGCGACCGCUACGCCCUCGCCAAUAUCGACGGCUACAAGGCGGGGUACCUCGAGCACGUGGUGAAGACCAGCCUGACGACCAAGGCCAGGCUGCUGCAUUACUUUCCGACCGACCCUACCGCUACCGCCGACGCAGAAGACGAUGAUGACUGGUGCGCGACGCACCUCGACCACGGCUGUCUCACCGGUCUGACGUCCGCCAUGUUCAUCGAUGAGGCGGCCAGUCCCCCUUCGUUGACGGAUGCCUCGGCGCCGCUGGCGGAACUGCCCCAGUCGCCAGACCCCAAGGCGGGCCUGUACAUCCAGUCCCGCACGGGUCAGGUCGUCAAGGUGAAUAUCCCCAAGGACUGUCUCGCUUUCCAGACCGGGGAGGCGCUGCAGCUCAUCACGCGGGGAAAGUUCCGGGCUGUGCCGCAUUUCGUGAAGGGGGCGAGGCCGUCGGGAGGAGCGAGGAUCGCUCGCAAUACGUUGGCGGUGUUUACACAGCCGAAUCUUGAGGAGGAGGUGGAGCCUGGGAAGAGCUUUGCGGAGUUUGCGAGGGAGGUGGUGAGUAGGACUUAUUAG